AUGAAUCAAAACCAACGACGCCAACGAUCGAGAAUACCCACCCCGGCACCAAGGGCUCAAUUCGCACGACCUAGGCUAGAACGAGUGGACAACAAUCCAAGAACGCGGCUGCGAGACGAAGCUACUGCGCGAGAACAGGCUACCCAACAACAGGCCACUCAACGAGCUACACUAGAACGAGAGAACAGAACUUUAAGAGCGCAGGUCCGCAAACUUCAACAUGAACAAGCUGCUUUGCGAGAGCAUGCCGCCCAACGGGCUAGGCUAGAACGAGUGACCAGGGAUUUAAGAGAACGAGCUGCACGAGAGCAGGUCGCUCAGGACCGAGAUACACUGGAACAAGAGAACAACACUUUAUGGGCACGGGUGCGCAACUUUCGAAAUCAACGCAACCGACUUCGACAGCAAAAUAUCACUCUUGAUGUACGGAGACGACGUCAAGUGAAUAUAUUACUAGCCACUCUGGUUGCACAGCGGCUCCGAAGUAAUUUCCUGGCUCAUGAACACAACGAAAUGCAACAACAACGAGACAACGCUUUACAGGAGCACGAUUGGAUGAGGCAAGAUUAUGACCAGCUUUCAGAGGACCUCCAGCGUACACGUAAUCAGAACGAGGAAGAAACAACCUCCCUCCUAAUUCAGAUCAGUGAAUUCUCAAAGCGGGCAGAUCUCCUUGAUAAAGCAUUAUUGGAAGCAGGGCUUCAGAUCACAGAAACCACAAAUGAUAACCCAAAAACUUCGAUCAAUAAAUCUUCUCGGUCGAGAAAUAAACUCAGACUCCAAUUGGUCCGAUGGCGAAGUCAAGGACAAGUAGAGACCAUAGAGUAA